GGCCAAAGAUUCUCUCAGAAGGAAAACUUAAAAACACACACAAGAACGCACACUGGUGAGAAACAUUUUUCCUGCUCACAUUGUGGCCAAAGAUUUUCUGUGAAGAGAUAUUUAAAAAGACACACAAGAACCCACACUGGUGAGAAACCUUUUGUCUGCUUAGUUUGUGGUCAAAGAUUCACUCGGAAGGGAAGCGUAAAAAUACACACAAGAACCCAUACUGGUGAGAAACCUUUUGUCUGCUUAGUUUGUGGUCAAAGAUUCACUCGGAAGGGAAGCAUAAAAAUACACACCAGAAACCACACUGGUGAGAAACCUUUUUCCUGCACAGUUUGUGGCCGAAGAUUCACUCAUAAGGGAAUCUUGAAAAUACACAUGAGAACCCACACUGGUGAGAACCCUUUUGUCUGCUUAGACUGUGGUCAAAUAUUCUAUAAGAAGGAACACUUAAAAAUACACACAAGAACCCAUACUGGUGAGAAACCUUUUCAUUGCUCAGUGUGUGGUAAAAUAUUCACUCAGAAGGAAGGUUUAAAAAUACACACACGCACCCACACUGGUGAGAAGUCUUUUUCCUGCACAGUUUGUGGCCGAAGAUUCACUCAUAAGGGAACCUUGAAAAUACACAUGAAAACCCACAAUAGUGAGAACCCUUUUGUCUGCUUAGACUGUGGCCAAAGAUUCUAUAAGAAGGAACACUUAAAAAUACAGACAAGAACCCACACUGGUGAGAAACCUUUUCACUGCUCAGUGUGUGGUAAAAUAUUCACGAAUAAGGAAGGUAUAAAAAUACACACACGAACCCACACUGGUGAGAAACCUUUUACCUGCUCUGUUUGUGAUCAAAGAUUAUCCGAGAAGGGAAGCUAG